AUGGUGGCAGCUGUGCUGUUGUACUUCCUGUUGGCGAGUCCGGCAGCAGCGGCGCCGGCUGACCACGAAGUCGUCAGUCUUCCCGGACUUCCCAAGCAGCCCAGCUUCAAGCACUACUCAGGCUACUUGAACGUGGCAAGUGGCAAGCAUCUACAUUACUGGUUCGUGGAGUCUCAGAGCUCGCCGUCCUCUGAUCCAGUGGUUCUGUGGCUGAACGGCGGUCCGGGAUGCAGCUCACUGGACGGGCUGUUGACAGAGCAUGGACCCUUCCUGGUGGAGGAUGACGGCGUCACCCUGAGACCCAACCCCAACUCCUGGAACAAGAUUGCCAACAUGUUGUACCUGGAGUCCCCACCGGGGGUGGGCUUCUCGUACUCAGACGACGGUGCCUACGCCACUAAUGACACGGAGGUGUCUAUGCUCAACUACUUGGCGCUGAAGGAGUUUUUCCGGCUUUUUCCUGAGCUGAGCGCCAACGGGCUUUUCCUGACUGGAGAGAGCUACGCCGGAAUUUACGUGCCCACGUUGGCCGAGAGGGUCAUGGAAGAUGAGGACCUAAACCUGCAGGGCAUAGCGGUGGGCAACGGGAUGUCCAGCUACGAGCUGAACGACAAUUCUUUGGUGUACUUCGCGUACUACCACGGCCUGCUGGGGAGUGGCCUGUGGAGCCGCCUGCAGAUGCACUGCUGCCGGGACGGCCGCUGCGACUUCCACCAGAACCCCGACGCCAACUGUUCAGCCGCCCUGGCCGAUGUCCAGGGCGUGAUCUAUAACUCAGGACUUAACAUUUACAACCUCUAUGCGCCGUGUCCAGGCGGCGCCCACCGCAGGUUCAGUGUGGAGGAAGGCCAGCUGGUGGUGCGUGACCUGGGCCACUUCUUCAUCCAUCAUGUGGGGACGCAGAUGUGGAACAAGAAGCUCCUGAGCCUGGCAUCCCGCGGCACCCCCGUGCGCCUGGAUCCGCCCUGCACCAACUCCACAGCAGCUAGCCGUUUCCUCAAUGACCCACAAGUGCGACGCGCCCUGCACAUCACCAACGCUUCACCCCAGUGGACCAUCUGCAGUUCCGAGGUGUAUCUCAACUACGGCCGACUAUACCAGGACGUCAGGAAGCAGUACCUCAAACUUCUGUCCGCACUGAAGUACCGUGUGCUGGUGUACAACGGUGACGUGGACAUGGCUUGUAACUUCAUGGGCGAUGAGUGGUUCGUGGAGUCCUUGAACCAGCAGGUGCAGGUUAAUCGUCGCCCGUGGCUGUACGAGGAUGAGGGAGAACGGCAGGUGGGCGGCUUCGUCAAGGAGUUCGCCAAUUUGGCCUUCCUCACCAUCAAGGGUUCAGGUCACAUGGUGCCGACGGAUAACCCUGUGGCGGCGUUCACAGUCUUCUCCCGCUUCAUCAAGAAGGGACCUUUCUGA